GGUAGUCAGUAAGAUGAUAACAGUCGACUUUUAUCCGCGUUCGUAUGCACUUCGUUCUUCACAUGUCUACUGCAUAUUUCUUGAAGGAAUGAACUUUACGUCAAGCAAAAACUCUUCCGUCUUCUAGAUCCGAGAUAUUUCCUUUUAUUGCAACCGGUUUUACCGAGCUUCAUUUAAGUUUGAGUAAUCUUUUUUGGAUAUAUUGGUUAUAUUGACUCAGUUGCGAGACUAAAGUUAGUGACAUCGAUCAAUUGCAUUUAGGAUUUCACAUUUACAUCCGACAAAACCCGAGUAUUUUCAGCAGAAUGGUUGCAGAUCAAAAGACUUUUACCGUGGAAAAUGGCGUUUACAAAGGAAAAGAGACGCAUACAUCGAAUAAGUACAAAAGCCUCGGAGAACUAAUGUGGAUUAGCAUGAAAAACCAUAAGGAUAAAAUCGCACAUUUGGACGCAUGCACUGAAGAAAGGUUUACGUACGCGGAGUUUCAAGAUAAAGUGACGAGAUGUGCAUUGUGGCUGCAAAAACAGGGAAUCAAGUGUGGGGAUGUCAUUAGUGUAUGCACGAGUAAUCAUCCCAACUCCAUUGUGCCCUGUAUUGCGGCAACUUAUAUCAACGCCAUCUUUAACCCGUGGAAUGAGGGCAUGGAUCUGCCAACGGCACUGCACGUUUUGCAACUGACUACGCCAAAGGCGAUCUUCUGCAGUGAGAAAUCCGUGGAUGUCGUCUUGAGGGCGUUAAAAGAGAAGAAUUACAGUUCCACGGUGGUGGUUUUCGGCAAGCAUGCCGACGCGGUUUCGUUCUCCGAUAUUCUGAAAAAUUGCAACGAUGAGGAAGCGGCAAAUUUCCGUUACGUCGCGCUCGAUGACAUCAAGAAGACAGCAUGUAUCAUGCAUUCGUCGGGUACAACAGGAAUGCCAAAAGGCGUUGAACUGUCUAACUACACUAUGUUACUCAUUAGCGAAGACAACAACUUGGAUAUGACUAACGUACCAACACUGUGGUUUUCAUCUCUUUAUUGGAUCAGUGGAGUAAUGUUGAACGUGAAAGCAAUCACGCAGGGUGCCACAGUGAUUCUUUAUCCGGAUUUCGACGAGGAGACGACCUGCCAAUUGAUUGAGAAAUUUAAAGUAGCUGUUAUGUUUCUUAGCUCGAGUAUGAUAAAUCGAUUUGUCAGGGCAGGAUACGUAAAGAAAUAUUCAUUACCAUCUUUGAAAGUCAUACUAGGCGGUGGCGCAAUAAUUAAGCCAAAGGUGCAGGAAGAUUUAAAGUCUGCUUUACCGCACGUUCAAAUAUUGCAAGGUUAUGGAAUGACGGAACUUGGUGGUCUCGUAACAUUGCAAUUACCAAGUCACAAGAACGGAUCUUGCGGAACGGUAACUAAGAAUGUGCAAAUAAAAAUUGUCGACCAAGAAAGUGGGAAAGUACUUGGUCCGAAUCAGUCGGGAGAAAUAUGGGUAAAAUCUGCGAUCAUAAUGAACGGUUAUUAUAGAAAUCCAGAAGCAACCAAAAGUACGAUUGAUGAGGAAGGCUGGCUACACUCGGGUGAUAUCGGUUAUGUUGAUGACGACGGAGAAUUGUUCAUUAUUGACAGGAUAAAAGAACUCAUAAAAUAUAGAGGAUAUCAGAUCUCACCCGGAGAAAUCGAAGGUGUCUUGAUAACGCAUCCAGCAGUAAUGGAAGCUGCAGUAAUAUCGAUACCUCAUGCAUUAGACGACGAACAUCCUCUCGCUUACAUCACCAAAAAGCCUGGCGCCAAGGAAACGGAGCAAGAACUGAUAGAUUUUGUGGCGAAAAAUAUGAUGGAUCAUCACAAACUUCGGGCCGGAGUGGUAUUUCUGGAGACAUUUCCAUAUACAGGUUCAGGAAAAAUUGCGAGAAAAGAUUUGAAAGAAAUGGCUAAAAAAUUAUUUAAGCAAACUAGUUAAUUAUAUGUAUUGGGUGAAGCAAAAUAGCAUAUAUAAUUGUUGAUUUUGAAAAAGAUU